AUGGGGGGGUGGGUACAGCACGGAGCCCCGGUGCCGGGGGGGGGGUCGGGGCGGGGCGGGGCGAGGUUAUGUAAGGCGGAGAUUAACGGGGCCGGGCGGCAGCGCGAUGGGAGCAGCCAGCAGCGGGUCCGGCCCGGGGCCCCCCCAGGUGCGUGCGGUGGCCCCGACGGUGCCCCCAUGUCUCCCCAUCCGGUGUCCGACCCUCUGACGGCCGCCCCCGGUUCCGUAGGGCCGAACCGUGGGCUCGUGGGUUCGGGCGCUGCUCCGCCGGAGCGGGUCGGUCCAGGGGCCGGUUCCCGGACCGGGACUCGCUGUGGCCACCGAGGAGCCGCCGUUCCCGGGGUGGCCGCUGCCGCAGCUCGUCUCGCUCUUCCUACCGGAGUUCCCCGUUCGUCCCUCCGCCCGGCAGCAGCAGCUCAAGAUCCUGGGUUUGGUGGCCAAAGGUUCCUUCGGUACCAUCCUCAAAGUGUUGGACUGCGGGAGAGAGAAGGUCUGUGCGGUGAAGGUGGGUGCUGCCCCAUGGCCGGGGGGUUCCAUGCUGCCCCCCCGGGCACCUCCCCAUCCCGACGAUCCCUCUUCCAGGUCGUACCCAAAGUGGAGGUGCUGCGCCGUGACACCCUGAAGCAGUGCAAGGAAGAAGUCAGCAUCCAGAGACAGGUCAGGCACCCGUUUGUGCACGGCCUUGGGGACAGCUGGCAGGGCCAGCGCCACCUCUUCAUCAUGUGUCCCUACUGCAGCACUGGGGACCUGCACGCUUUGUGGCGUGACGCCGGGUGCUUCACCGAGGCCACCGUGCGCCUGUUUGCAGCUGAGCUGGUGCUGGUGCUGGUGUAUCUCCAUGACCUGGGCAUCGUGCACAGAGAUGUGAAGAUGGAGAACAUCCUCCUGGAUGAGAGAGGGCAUCUCAAACUUGCUGACUUUGGCCUCUCCCGACACCUGGGCUGCGGUGAGCGGGCACACACCAUCUGUGGCACCCUGCAGUACAUGGCCCCAGAGGUGCUGAGCGGGGGUCCAUACAGCCACGCAGCCGACUGGUGGUCCCUGGGUGUCCUGCUCUUUGCCCUGGCCAGUGGGGAGUUUCCAGUGCCACCAGCCAGGGACCACGUGGCCAUGCUGGAGCGUGUCAAAGAGAGCAGCUUUGUGAGCCCCCCCGCGCUCAGCCCUGCUCUGAGCCGACUGCUGGCAGAGGUGACCCCAACCCUUGUGCUCAGUGUCCCCACUGCUGCCCCCCUCGUUGCUCACCAUCCAUCCUCCCUCCGUUACCAGCUGCUGUGCCACAACCCCCUUCGCCGCCUGCGCUACCUCCACCACUUCCAGGCUCACCCUUUUUUCCGUGGGGUGGCUUUUGACGCCGAGCUGCUGCAGAAGGACCCUGUGCCCGUGGCCGUGGCCCCGCACCCCAACGAGCAGCCCCUGCCCGACCCAGCCACCUUCGACGACUUCGACUGCGACUUCACUGCCCCAUUGAACCGGCCUUGGCCCGGCUGAGCCUGGGCUGGAGGGAACCCCCCCACCACGGAGGGACCCCGCAGCACUCAGGGACACGCCCCCCCUCUGUACCUCGCCCCACGGGUGCAAUAAACCCAGACCAGACGGGAACGCUGUGGGUGUCUCCUGUGGGGCCAUGCACUGACGGCAGAGGAUGCACGGAGCUGAGACCAACAUAGAACCCCCCCACCCAACAUAGAACCCACCAACCCAACAUAGAACCCCCCC